AUGGAUCUGGUUAAAGUACCUUCGUGGUGGGGUCAUGAGACUCGUCGGCCAGGCACAGCCCAGGCGAUGACCGCUAGGAAUAAUAAGACCAGGACGGGGUUAUUAGAAACCAGAAAGAACAAAAAUUUGAAGACUAAUACUUUAGUAAAGGAGAUUCCAUCUACUGUUCCUCAUUACGAAACUCUUCCAGCAGGGAUGAAACAGAAACCUAGGGAUACUGUUGACCUCAAAACUGUUGAUGAAGACUUUGAUGUGUAUCAAUUAAAUGCUGAUAUCAGGAGAAAUAAGGAAAUAAAAGGAUAUGGAACUAACUACUCUUCACUCUCCACUCUUAGAAGAGGAAGAUUAGCCAAAGAGCAAAGAGACCAACAGCAUAAAUUUGAGGAAUUUACUAAAAAUAAAUCCCAAAUUGAGCUUGAGAGGGUUAAAAUUCAUACUAACUUAGCAAAGAAGAUUAAUCCAAAGCCUCGUUACUCAAAAUCUCAGGUUGAAAUUCGGCCUGAUGAAAUUGACCCUCGUGAUCCUACGCUACAAUACGUCAAAGAGCCUAAAAUAAAUGCUCGUAGUAAGCUCUUAAGUAACAGAAAGAAGAUGUUACUCAGAGAUAUGAAGAAAUAUGAGAACUGUGUUGAUAAUCACAAAACCUCUGAGCAAAGGCUAAACCAUCGUGAAGACUGCUUCAUGAGGCUCUCAGCAAGAGAACCUAAAAUUAUUGUUAAGAAAAAUGAAGAAUUUGAGCCUAAUGUGAAAUAUGGUAUUCAUAAUAAUCCGUUACCACAUUUUUACAAACAUGCUAAGAAAUGGUGGACAGAGAAGAAAGGGUAUAAGGAGAGUCCAAAAGAGGUAUCCCAUCUUAAGCUCAUGCAUAAUAUGUUGAUGAAGAACUCUAACGAUACUUUACUACUUCAAGAUUAUGAACAAUAUUGUGAGAAAACUCAUAGUUCGCAACUGAUAAGAAAUUCCCAGAAGACUUCAGAUAAACCUAAAAAUCUAAAAUUACCAAGAAAAUUUAAGAAAAAGAAAGCGAAAAUGAGGUGGAGUAACGGUAUCCUUCUUCAUGCUAAAAGAGAGAAAGUUAUUGUUGAGCAUAAGCCUCCACAAGUGGAUUUGCAACCUCUGUUUUCCUCCUUCAACCAAAAAGGAGUAUUCAAGCCCCCUCCUAGCUCAAAAGAAUCUUUAGUUCGGCAGAAGGAGAGAGAAAAGAAGCAGGAAAGAGAGAAACAGAAGUCAAAUAAUCAGAGUACCUUCUUUGAACAUGAGGCUAACUCUUCUCAAGUUGCAGGAAAUGAGAAGACAACUAUCUUCAAGAGAGUAAAGACAGCUUAUGGUGGAAGGAACCAUAAUAUGUAUACUCAUGAGGUUGAGGGCCAUCUCGCUCCCACUAAGGGAUCAACAAUGGAUCAUGAGAAGAACUCUCCUAGAAACCAAGAGUCAAACAAUGGCUGGUUUAAUAGUCAAGACCAGGUCGAAAAGAACCAGUGGACGAUUAAAUCUACAAGUAGGGUUGGCUUUAGGACAUCGGCAUUUCCAAAAUAAUCCCUGUAUGCUUAUUGUCAUCUCUCCCUUAAGUGAGAAAUU